AUUUUUGUAAAAAUUAUUAAAUAAUGUCAGAUUUACCAGCAGAAUUAACGGCAAGGCCUUUGGCUCUUAUUGGUUUAUUUGGAUUAGAUAUUUAUAAUUCAGUUCAUCAUUCCAUUUGGGAUGCUUUUGUUAAUAAUCGUCGACCUGAUGGUGCUGCGGUUCAAUUCAAGUUGAUUAGUAGUACACAUGAGUUUCCAACUGUUAAGCCAAAACGUAAUUCAUACGAAUGGUAUAUACCUAAAGGAAUUUUAAAAAGAAAUUGGAUGAAUAAGUAUUUAAACGAAGUUUUAGCAGUAAUUGUUGUAUUUUAUGAUCUUGAUUGGCAUGAUCCACAGUGGAAUGAGAAAAAAAUGGAAUGUGCUUCAAGAGUGCAAUCUUUAAGGGCUGCAUUAGAAGGGAGAAAUACAAAAAUUGCUAUAGUUUUAAUUCAAAAUGAAUUGCUGUCGCCUCCCGGUACCGAAGAUUUGGUUGCAACAGAACGAGCAACAGCACUUUGCGCCGCCUGUGAAUUGACAUCUAAAACCCUAUAUUUCUUACCAUACGCGGAUCAUUUAUUAGGAUACACAUUUAGAUUAGAGCAUGUUCUUUACGAUUUAGCACAAAGUUUUUAUCACCAAGAAUAUCGAAUUGUUAAAAGUCACAGAGAGCAGUUAAAUAAAACUGCCCAUCAAUAUUUGUUUGUAAGACAUCAGUUUAAAAUGGCAUUUUUAAACGAGUUGAAACAAGAUCAAAAUACAGCUCAUAAACACUAUCAACAAGCGUACAAUAAUUUACUAGAUAUUCGAAUGGUAGAUACGAAUUCCCUUGAGAUUAAAACCGUUGCAUCGUUCAUAAAUUAUAAAUUGUCCAGGCUUAUGUUUAGCCUAAAACUUCCUAAAGAGGCAAUAGCUCAAUUCCGGAGUCACGUGGACAGAUUUAUGACGAGGACUGGACCAAAAGAAUUGAUGUUUGAGCAUCAUACCUGGAUAUGUACUCAGUACUCAAUCUUUGCAGAACUCUUUAAUGAAGCGAUAAGACAAGGAUUACCAGCUGUACAGACACAACAUCCGGGUUAUUAUUUUCAAAUGGCUGCUAAUCAUGCAUUACAAAGGCACAAUGCUUGUAAGGAACUGUGUAAUAAUGUCGAUGUGUAUCCGGACCCAGACCCGCUGGCGGGAGAGGAAAAACUCGAAUUUUAUGGUCAAAGACCUUGGAGACCCGGGAAACUUAAUGCGGAACCGGCUGAUUUGACCCGAGAGGCUGCAGCUAUUCAAGCAUUGCAAUACAAAGAAAAGACAACAGUUAAUCACUCUAUGAUUAGAAUUGGCUUGUUAGGGAGUGCGAUAUCACAAUUCAAAAUAUAUAGAUGUCCAAGAAAACGUCGUCUUUUAGUUGUGGAGAUGGCUGAAGAAUAUUUUGGUUGUAAGGAUUAUGGAAAAGUAUUGACGUUAUUAAUGCACAUGUUAUGGGAAUAUCGAAGUGAGCGGUGGCCUGUCCUUCUCACUGACGUAUUAAAAAGUGCUCUCAAAGCUGCAUAUUUAUCAGCCAGUAUCAAAGAUUAUCUUAUAUUGGCUUUAGAAGCCUUAGGUCCGUCAACUAUGUUUUCAAUAGAGCGUAAAACUAACAUUUUCGAAAACAUUAUAAAUAUACUUCAGAAUAAACCACCGAAUUCCGAACCAAAUUUAUCCGAAGACUUAAAAGACUGCGCUGUUGAUAAGUGGCUUGCGCAAGUAAACCAAAAUGAAUCAUUUAUUUUUAAAAUUGACGAUAAUAUGGCAUCUUUCAUCGAUGUAAAAGCCUGUUUCACUCAGCCAAAAUAUACGGUUAAUUCUACAGUCACAAUCGAGGUUUUUGUUAGGAAUCUUUAUCAUGCUGAGGUUGAACUUUCUAAAAUAUCGGUAACAGUAACUGGUUCAGGAUAUAAGUCGGAAAUUCCCAUAAUUGAUAGUCAUGAUAGAAAUCUUAUAUUUAGUGCCAAAGAAGUAAAAAAAUAUCUUUGUCAAUUCGAAGCACCACAAUUGGACGAUUCACUUGAAAUUCAGAUUAAUAAAGUUAAUUUAAAUCUUGGAAAUGAUAAAAGAUGCAGCGUAAUAUUACAGUUUUCGGCCUCUGGGAGAGAAACAAAUCUUCUCGAUCGCAUGUAUCCAGAAAUUCAGCAGCUCCGAGGAGGACUAUUUGAUUCCGUUCGACCACUAAUUACAGCAAAAAUUGAACAAGAAGAAUCAAAUGUAACAAUUAUUACCGAAUGCAAGCAACCAGCUCUUUUAGGCGAAUGGUUUUCUGUAAAAAUAUUAGUAUCGUCAAGUGAUAAGAUCUCUAAUGUAAAUAUUUUCGUAAAUUUGAUACAAGAUAACAAUAGUGAACAAUUGACCGAAUUAAGUUUAAAUAUGAAAGAAAAGCAAUCAUCUGUUAUAUUUGAAAUUGAUACUAUCGAACCUACCAGUUCCGUUGAACAAGUAGUUUUCGUUAGAGCUCAUAAUGUUGGCGAUAGAAAUUUCUUAAUCAAGGCCGAGUAUUCAAGAUGUAGAAAAAAAAAAGAUUCAAAGGAAAUAACCUAUUCAUUCUCCGUUGUAAAACCUUUUGAAGUGUCCACCCAGUUUUACACAAUAUUGUACGAACCCCUUACAAAAGGAUUUAUCGACGAACCCUUAUUUAUUAUGCCUCACAUCGUUUCUACUUCACCAUGGCCUAUUAAAAUAGAAGAUACUUCAAUAGAAUUGGGCAAUUCAUUGAUAGAAGAAAGGAGUUUAUCUCAAGAAAGCAUUUUAAAAAACAUUGUUUUAGAAGAAAGUGAAGCUGGUACAGAUGUAUAUUGUAUUGUUCCGAAAAUUGGGAGCGAGCAACCAACAAGUACAGGAGUUUAUACAAUUAAAUGGCGACGGGCAAACGAUGAAAAUACAAUAGUAACCAGUAGUAGUGUUACGUUAACUCCGUUGUGGGUGGAAGAUGCAGUUAUAGGUUUAGAAACGAGAUUGCCUCCUCAUGGUUGGGUUCGUACGCCUCUAUGUGUUUCAUAUUUUAUAAAGAAUCAUUCCGAUUAUUUAAUAACUCUAAGACUGACGAUGGAAGCCAACGAGGCUUUCAUGUUUGCUGGUCAUAAACAGAUAGAUAUUUGUAUUCUUCCUGAAAGUGAAAAAAAAGUCGAAUGGAUUCUUCUACCGUUAAUUGCUGGUUUUGUAGCUCUUCCGUCAUUGUCUUUGACAGUCCCAACUGACGAGGAAUAUAAAUUAAAUAAAACUAGGCUUGCAGAAGUAAUAGAAAGAUCUAUUCCAAGACAUGUAUAUAUAAUGCCGAAAUCACAAACUAUAGAAGAAUAACAACUCGAACAGUUAUAAUAUGUGCAUACUAUUUUAUUUUUGUUAAUACAGGUACAUAUGUGAAUAUAAUAGUUAGUGUGUAUCAUAAAAAAAAAAUGUAAAAAUAUGAAAUUGUUGAA